AUGCCUGGGGUACUUUUCGACCAGGAACAGAGCGCCGAAGGCGCUCUGAGCCUAAAUAUUCAAUGUAAAUAUUCAUCGCAGGCCGAAGGCCGGGGCAGACCUGUGGGAUUGAACCCAGAGGAUGCUCACCCGAUCAAUUUUGAACUGAGUUAUGAUGAUUUGAAAAUCGGACUCGAAAAAUCCCGGAAUUUCGAAAAUUGCGUUGAAAACAUGUUUAACAAAGGAAUGGUCCAAUAUUUCCGUUGCAAUCGUCUCCAAACAGUUUCCCGCUCUCAAACAUUCCGUCCAGUCGACAAUCCGUCUCUCGAAGAACUGCCAACUAAUCGAAAACGUGGGCGGCUUCACCAGCAAGAGCUCCGUCAGCAAAGUGCUAAACAGGUCAUACGGACUGAGAACUCGUGCACCGCGUUCUAUAAUAAAGCCUAUUUGGAUAAUGGGUUUAAAAUUAAAAAAUUAACCAUUAAAUGGGCGGAGCUUGUGAAGUUGCAAGCCACGCCCACAAAAUGGUCAGAAGCCUUAAUUUUCAAAUUAAAAAAGUGUUAUUUAAUAAAAAAAGAAAUUUUCUUUUGUUAUUAUUUCGCUUCAAGACCCAAAGAAAAUGGGCGGAGCCUGAGGAAUAAAAUUCUCUUUAAAAAUUCCCAAAAAAUUGACAAAAUUGCAACAACAAAAAUCCAAAACAAAAUGCUCUACGACUCGUUCAUCCAUCGCCUAUCAAGCUCAAACGAGGUGAUCAAACAAAUCGACUACCGCGACCUGAUCCCCAACGAGAGCACCCUGCUGAAGCUGAAAAAAGCCUAUAACUACCUGGCAAAGAUCGAGAACGAGCUUCUGAACCCGCGCCGAGAGCAGAUCAAUCCGAUCCGCGUCACCUCAUACAUCAGAAUGAUGGAAGAAGAAGCAAGGCUGAUCGAGAGGACUCGACAGGCGGCCAGUGCUCCUGGAGCAGCUGCUGGAGAUGAGAUUGAUGUUGUUGGGAUUGACGAGGGGGACUACCACCAUCACCAUCAUAUGGAUCUUCAUGAAGUUGUGGAAGAGGAAGAAGUUGGGUAUUAUCAGGAGGAUCUCGAGCUGGAGCAGGAGCUUCAGGAGCAUGUGGAAGAGGAUUAUCUGCCGGUGGAAGAUGAAUUGGUGGAAGAGGAGCAGCUGGUGGAAGAAGAAGCUCUUCCAGCGGAGUAA